ACAUGCGGUAUCUUGUUGACUUUGUUAAAUGAUUUUUGUUACAGGAAAGAGAAAAACACUGAAUUAGAAUAGAGUGCAGUCAUUAUUCAUUUGCUCUGGCUUUGAGCUUUAACACAUCUAUGUGUCUUUUUGUUGUUUUCCUUUGUGAUCUUUGAGAUCUCCAAGUCCGUAUAUUCUUCUUUCCUUGUGUUCUUAUAAAAACAUCUCUGACUUCAGUACCCCAUUUUAGUGUUAUGAUUCUAUCAAAGAAAAAAGAAAUUAAACUCCAUUAAUUUUUUUCAUAGGACAGAAGUUAAUUGCAUCUCUCAUACCCAUGACAUCCAGAGACAGAAUUAAAGCCAUCAGGAACCAGCCAAGGACCAUGGAAGAGAAAAGGAACCUUAGGAAAAUAGUUGACAAAGAAAAAAGCAAACAGUCCCAUCAUAUCCUCCAGUUUAAUUGCUGUGUUCAGUGUCUGCACUCCAUUUCACAGACUUAUCGGAGAUCCAAGAGCAGCCUGUCAGAAAUUCUCAGUUCCAUCAGCCUGUGGCAGAAGACGCUGAAAAUCAUCGGAGGCAAGUUUGGAACCAGCAUUCUCUCCUAUUUCAACUUUCUGAGAUGGCUUUUGAAAUUCAACAUUUUCUCAUUCAUCUUGAACUUCAGCUUCAUCAUAAUCCCUCAGUUUACCAUGGCCGAAAAGAACACCCUCCAGUUCACUGGGUUGGAGUUUUUCACUGGGGUGGUAAGUUCUCUGUUUUCCCUACCUCAAGUGCACCAACUACUUUAGAAACCCAGGGACAUGCCUUGCCAGUCAACCACUCACACCUCUCAUUUUAUCUGGGGGUCAAUGAUGGGGAAAGCGGAUGUUUAAAAUGUUUUCUGACUGGGCGACUGGAUGAUGACACGUGCCUGUAAUU